GCUUGUCAAGGUUUAUUGGAUGCAGUGAUUUCUGCAGUGAUUUCUGUACAUGUUUCAUAGAUCCUCUAGGUGCAAAAAGGAGUUUUAUCCAGCCUAUUGGUUGCACAGAGAGAGAGAGUGAGAAAGGAUUUCAAUGUUUUAGGAGAGGCUGUGCUGCGCCUACAAAACAGGAAUGCCAAACACAUUUUCAUUGGUUUUUCUGUCACAUCUGUAUUUAGUCCUGUCUUGGGAAUAAUCAACCAUGACUACAGAAUCCGGAUCAGACUCUGAAUCUAAAGAUCAGGAGCAGGAGCAGAAGGAAACUUCAAGUGAGCAAGGAACAGGUGGGACAGGAGGAGCCCAAAAUCCACAACAGCAGCAGCAACAGCAACAACAGCUGAGUGAAGAACACCAGAAUGCAUUAGAACAAUUUUCUGGUGUUGCAGCCCAUAGCACUCCUGUGAAAAAGGAGCAGGCCACUGACAAAGAACGGGAAUUUGCUGCUGCAGCAGCAAAACAACUGGAAUACCAGCAGUUUGAAGACGACAAGCUAUCUCAGAAAUCAUCCUCCAGCAAACUCUCCAGGUCUCCUCUAAAAAUUGUCAAAAAGCCAAAAAGCAUGCAGUGCAAAGUGGUCCUUCUGGAUGGUUCAGAAUAUGGCUGUGAAGUGGAGAAACGCUCAAAAGGCCAGGUGCUGUUUGACAAAGUGUGUGAACAUUUAAACCUCUUGGAAAAAGACUACUUUGGGCUAACAUACAGAGACAUGGAAAACCAAAAGAAUUGGUUGGACCCAGCCAAGGAAAUAAAAAAACAGAUUCGAAGUGGUGCUUGGCAUUUCUCAUUUAAUGUCAAAUUCUACCCUCCUGAUCCUGCCCAACUUUCUGAAGACAUUACCAGGUAUUACCUCUGUUUACAACUGAGAGAUGACAUUGUUUCUGGACGACUGCCAUGUUCUUUUGUUACACUUGCGCUUUUGGGUUCUUACACAGUUCAGUCAGAGCUUGGAGAUUAUGAUCCUGAUGAAUAUGGAAGUGAUUAUGUCAGUGAAUUUCGUUUUGCACCAAACCACACUAAAGAACUGGAAGAUAAAGUAAUAGAGCUUCAUAAAAGUCAUAGGGGAAUGACACCAGCAGAGGCUGAGAUGCAUUUUUUGGAAAACGCCAAAAAAUUGUCCAUGUAUGGAGUAGAUCUACACCAUGCCAAGGAUUCUGAAGGUGUUGAAAUCAUGUUAGGGGUUUGCGCAAGUGGUCUUUUGAUCUAUCGGGACAGACUACGAAUAAACAGGUUUGCUUGGCCUAAGGUUCUCAAAAUUUCAUACAAGAGAAAUAACUUCUACAUCAAAAUCCGACCAGGUGAGUUUGAACAGUUUGAAAGCACAAUUGGAUUUAAAUUACCAAAUCAUCGUGCUGCAAAGCGUCUAUGGAAAGUAUGUGUUGAACAUCAUACAUUUUUCAGGCUCCUCCUCCCUGAAGCUCCUCCCAAAAAAUUCCUUACCCUGGGCUCCAAGUUUCGCUAUAGUGGAAGGACACAAGCCCAGACAAGGAGAGCCAGUGCACUGAUUGACCGCCCUGCACCUUAUUUUGAGCGUUCAUCAAGCAAACGUUACACUAUGUCUCGCAGCCUAGAUGGGGCAUCAGUGAAUGAAAACCAUGAAAUAUACAUGAAGGAUUCUAUGUCUGCUGCAGAGGUUGGUACUGGCCAGUAUGCCACGACAAAGGGCAUCUCUCAAACCAACUUGAUAACCACUGUGACUCCGGAGAAAAAAGCAGAAGAAGAGAAAGACGAGGAGCAAGUUAAAAAAAAGAAAGCAGAAGAAGUCACUCCGGUCUCAGCCAAGCCACCUUUGCUGGGCACUGACUCAUUACCUCCCUCACCAUCCUCACAAUCUGAUCCUUUUGCAUCUUCAGUAAAGCUCCGUAGGAGAUGUAAGGAGAGUAAUCGGAAAGCAUUAGAUUACGAGUCAUCCAAAAAUACUGCUCAAAAGCAUGGUGAGGCUGACUUGGACUCUGAUAGAAAAGGAAGAGUUUGCUCAGUUGAGCAUGAUGCAGCAUUUAACUAUAAGCAAAAACCUGGAAAAGGUGGGACAUUGUUUUCCUUCUCCUUGCAGCUUCCGGAAUCAUUCCCCACUCUCCUGGAUGACGAUGGUUAUUUAUCCUUUCCGAACCUCUCUGAAACCAACUUUCUGCCACAAAGUGUGCAGCAUUUCCUUCCCAUUCGCUCACCCUCCCUCGUGCCUUGUUUCCUUUUCAUCUUUUUCUUUUUGCUUUCUGCCUCUUUCUCAGUGCCAUAUGCUCUUACUCUCUCCUUUCCUCUGGCUAUGUGCCUCUGCUACCUGGAGCCCAAGGCGGCCUCCUUGAGUGCUUCACUUGACAAUGACCUGAGUGACAGUUCAGAGGAAGAGACUGACAGCGAAAGGACAGAUACUGCAGCUGAUGGUGAAACCACUGCCACAGAGUCUGAUCAGGAAGAAGAUGGUGAUCUCAAGACACAGAAUAGUCUGAUUAAGCGCAUAAAGGGUGAAAAUGUGUAUAUCAAACAUAGUAAUCUUAUGUUAGAGGAACUAGAUAAAAACCAAGAGGACAUGAUGAAACACCAGACAAAUAUAAGUGAGCUGAAAAGGACAUUCUUGGAAACCUCCACAGAUACCUCAGGGACCAAUGAAUGGGAGAAAAGACUUUCAACAUCACCAGUACGGCUUGCUGCAAGACAUGAAGAAGCUCCUAUGAUUGAACCACUUGUGCCUGAAGAUACCAAAGAAGAAAGAGAAAAAUCUGAAAAGCGUAUAUUUUUACAGAAGGAAAGCACUACAUUCCUUGAUUCUCAGGGCACUGAGGACUGGGUUAUUGUAGACAAAGUACCCAUUGAGGUAGUUGAUGGUGAAUCGAAAACGAUUGUGACAUACAAAGUAAUGACUGUGAGCAGUAAAACUGGUGACAUCUCAGCUGAUCUUUCAAAGACCAGUACCACUGACAUACAGAGCUUUGAGGACUUGGAAGGUGAAUUGCAAUCAAAAGAUGACAAUAAGCAGAAAAUGUACACCUUGGGGAAAUCCUACGAUACUGUCUCUGGGAAAAUCGUUACCAUGACCACUAAAGUAAAAGAGGGAGAAAAAAGUGUGCCAUCAUCUCUUGAAGCAUUUCAAAAAAUGGAAAGAGCAGUGCCAGAAUCUGUGAAAAUCAUUCCAGUGGUAGCAGAAUAUGAAAUUCUAGAACCAGGUACUGAUGAAAAAGCCAGAAGGUUAUCUGAUACAAAAAGAAGGGUAUCUGAAUCAUUGACACCUAUUAAAGAGGCAGAUUCCCGGCUGCAGAGUCCUGAAGAGGAAAGUGUGAAGAAGAUGAUAAAAAUGGAGCAGGAUUUGCAGUUCCAUGAUGCAGCAGGGAGUAUGCAGAUUACCAGAGCUGAAAGACACCUGGAAAGUGAAAGACUAAAAGGAGAGGCAUUUGGCCAGAAAGAUAAGAGUAUAUCUGAAUGGAAAUAUUCCAGAGAACCACCCUUUACCAUUGCUACUGCUCACUAUGUUACUGAAUCAUCAGCCUCAAGAGUAGUGAAAAAACAACUCUCCGGUGAAAAAACUUUGGAUGGUUCUGAUAUCUUCACUUUAAUAGAGUCUGCAAGAAAACCAACUGAGUUCAUAGGAGGGGUUACAUCUACUUCACAUAGCUGGGCACAGAGAACAGAAGCAAAGUCAAGUCAGGAGAUACAUCCUAGUGAAAAGAAGCCAGAGGAAGAGCAGAAGCAACAGCAACAGGAGGCCAUAAAGAAGGUUGUGCAGGAAACCGUAAUGGUGGAGGAGAGACAUGUGAUGAAUGUGCAUGCAAGUGGGGAUGCUGCUAAAUUGGCUGCUGUUCAGCUGGAUGCUACAGCACAGGCAAAAUCUCAUGUGGCUUCUAGCAUCAAAGGGAAGGAGGGUUCUGCUGUGACUGAGGGGGCUAAAGAGAAAAAAAAGCUGGAGGCUGAAAAAGCUGUAACCAAACUGGAGGAAACUGCUGCUGUUUCUCAUGAGCAUGUGGAGGAGAAGCAGAGUACAACAGCCCAUGUUUUGGAUGUGCAAGACAGAAAACCUCUUUUUGAGUCACCAAUUGUGAAGACUGAAACAAUCAGUUUUGGCAGUGUUUCUUCAGGUGGGGAGAAGAUGGAAAUUUCUGUGAAGGAAAUCCCCGUUGUUCACACUGAGACAAAAACCAUUACCUAUGAAUCAUCUGAGGGGGAUCCCAGUGCUGACUCUGAACCAGGAGUUCUAAUGAGUGCACAAACAAUCACAUCAGAAACUACCAGUACUACAACUACAACACAUAUUACCAAAACAGUGAAAGGGGGCAUAUCAGAGACAAGAAUUGAAAAGCGAAUAGUGAUCACAGGUGAUGCGGACAUUGAUCACGAUCAGGCGCUGGCUCAGGCAAUUAAAGAAGCCAAAGAGCAGCACCCUGACAUGUCAGUGACCAAAGUAGUGGUACAUAAAGAGACAGAAAUCACACCAGAAGAUGGGGAGGAUUGACCACAGGAAUAAUGUAGCUUUCUUACAAAGUCAUCAUACACAUCAUUGGGAAUACAGAAGCCUACAUGGAGUCAUGGUUGUAACUGAGCAGGCUUGCGUUUCUCCCAGGAAAUUUUCAAUGUGGAAGAACCAGUCUUGAUUGCUACUAAGGACAUUGGCAGAAAUAUUGUCCCAUUUACAGCAAUCUGAUUCAGCAUUAGUAAACCAAUAUUUGCAUGAAGCAACAAAUUACAAAAAAGCAGCAUUUUAAUUUUCCUCAACUACAUUUCCAUCUAUACCUGCACGUUCAUCAACAAUAUAAAACAGUGAACUCAUGCUACACAUAAAGCAGUUCAUGCCUUCACACUUAUUGAAAGUCUAAAUCACGGUUUCUUAGGCAGCAAAACUUUUGUUUAGGGUAAGAGUACCCUAAAAUGCUAGAGGCUGUAUAGAUACUGUGUAUAAUAUUUUAUCACAUUAGAUGUGCCAAUAACUCACUUUAUUCAGUAAACAACUUGAAUCAUACACUUGUUUUCAUCUGGUUUUAUUACUCUUGUCCAAUAAACAAUGGUGAAUCUCUAAUCUUAUUUAAAUGCUUACAAAAUGUGCUUUGUUUACCUGAUUUGAAACCUUUAAUAGAUAAUUAUUUUAGCAUUGUUCAGAGUUUCAAAUUAGAAAUCCUGCAGCCUCCCUUCCACAAGUCCUCAUGCUAUAAAGUACGCUGUGACUAUUUUAACAAAAAUGUGUGUUUUCCUUAGCAUUUCAGAAGUAUUUGUCUGGCGUCAUGACUUUUUUAAAAUAUCAGUUUCUUUCUCUUCUCAUAGAAAAAAGUUUCUUUUCACAAAUUGGGUCAGUGUUUCCUAUCUAGGUCAGAGUUAAGCCUUAAACUGUACAGAAUACCUACUGAAGCAUUCUUUGGUAUUGGUUAUCACUUCCAUUUAAGAAAUACUGUCUUCAUUACACUGUCGGUCACAUCACAACACAUGGUGAAUGUAUGUUUCUGCAUUGUGAAAUAAAAGUGGUAAAUGCA